UUUGCUGAGUCAUAUGAUGACGCGCCUCACGCCUGACCUAUAGUCACGUGUUCUAAAUCAACCUUUCUGCAAGAAAAGAGACUGUAUGCAUAUAGGACACGGCUUGGCGUUGUGCGGGUCUUCCGGCAGGGUGAAUUCGCUAACGUUAACUGUAUCGCUUAGUCGUGUAGUUUGGUAUCCCCUUAACCGAUCGCAGCUACUCGCUACAUAAUUGGGAGGUUUAGUUGUCCGUGGAAAUAAAUGUAACGGCCUCACGAAAUAAAGUGAGGGCAUUUGUGCGGUCGCAACAUAUUUGAAAGCAAUUAAGGCCUCUCUUUGCUAGCCUACUAGUUAGCCUAGCUAGCAGGAACAUCUUGCUAAGAUAACCCCACGUCUUAUGUUUUAUUCUGUUUUCGCAGUUUUGAGUUACGUGUUAUCCGAAUCAAGCGGAAGUGAACUUCAGGCAGUCGAAUAACCAUCCCUGGUCAGUCCUCUCACUGUUCCUAAGUUUGUGCUAUGGGCUUGCUGUCUCAAGGAUCACCACUUAACUGGGUAGAAACCAAGAAGUAUGCUGACCAUGUCAGGAAACAUGGUAUUCUUCAGUUUCUCAACAUCUACAAUAAGGUGAAGGAUCGACAGAAGGAUGUUCUGAAAUGGGGCGAUGAGGUUGAGUACAUGCUGGUUGAACUGGAUGACAAAAAUGAAAAAGUUCGGCUGGUUCUGAAUGGAAGCGAAGUCCUUGAGACACUCCAAGGAAAGGGUGAAAAGAUCAACCCCAACCACCCGACUCUGUGGAGGCCGGAGUACAGCAGCUACAUGAUCGAGGGUACCCCAGGCCAGCCCUACGGCGGGACCAUGUCUGAGUUCAACACCGUGGAGGAUAACAUGGGCAAGCGCCGCCGGGAGGCAUCCUCAGUGCUCGGCGAGAACGAGACCCUCUGCACCGUUACAUCAUUCCCCAGGUUGGGCUGCUCAGGCUUCACAAAGCCAGAGUGCAAGCCGACCCCUGUUGAAAAAGGAGCGUCAAAGUCCCUGUUCUUCCCUGACGAAGCCAUCAACAGGCACCCCCGCUUCAGCACUUUGACCAGAAAUAUUCGUCACCGGAGGGGGGAGAAAGUGGUGAUCAAUGUACCAAUCUUUAAAGACAAGAACACUCCAUCUCCAUUCACGGAGACGUUUCCGGAAGACGAUGGGGAGGCUGCACGUGCCGCCCUUCCUGACCACAUCUACAUGGAUGCCAUGGGCUUUGGCAUGGGCAACUGCUGCCUGCAGGUGACAUUCCAGGCCUGUAGCAUCAGCGAGGCACGCUACCUCUAUGACCAGCUGGCCACCUUUUGCCCCAUCGUGAUGGCCCUCAGCGCCGCCUCACCAUUCUACCGCGGCUACGUGUCAGACAUCGACUGCCGCUGGGGUGUGAUCUCGGCCUCCGUGGACGACAGGACUCGGGAGGAGAGGGGGUUGGAGCCAUUGAAGAACAACAAGUUCAGGAUCCACAAGUCCAGAUAUGAUUCGAUUGACAGCUACCUCUCUUGUUGCGGUGAAAAGUACAAUGAUAUAGAGCUGACGAAAGAUGAAGAAAUCUACAAACAGCUCCUCGAUGCAGGGAUUGACAAGUUGCUGGCCCAGCACAUUGCACACCUCUUUAUUCGGGACCCUCUGUCGCUCUUCGAAGAGAAGAUUCAUUUGGAUGAUGCAAAUGAAUCUGACCACUUUGAGAAUCUUCAGUCAACCAACUGGCAGACCAUGAGGUUCAAACCACCUCCUCCAAACUCUGAUAUAGGAUGGAGAGUGGAGUUCCGUCCCAUGGAGGUCCAGCUAACAGAUUUCGAGAACUCUGCAUAUGUUGUUUUUAUCGUCCUUCUUACCCGAGUGAUCCUGUCCUACAAGUUAGACUUCCUUAUUCCCUUGUCAAAGGUGGACGACAACAUGAAGGUUGCCCAGAAGCGAAAUGCAGUGCAAGAAGGCCUAUUUUAUUUCCGCAAGGACAUAUUCAAAGGCUGCAACUCCGUCUUUGACUCAACCUCCAAGGCAGCGCAAAACGGUGUGGAGAGUGAUGGGCAGCACGAGGAGUAUGCGCUGAUGAGCAUCGACACCAUCAUCAACGGCAAGGAAGGAGUGUUCCAGGGCCUGAUACCCAUCCUGAACUGCUACCUGGAAAACAUGGAGGUGGACGUGGACACACGGUGCACCAUCCUGAACUACCUGAAGCUGAUAAAGAAGCGAGCUUCUGGGGAACUGAUGACCAUGGCCAAGUGGAUGAGGGAGUUUGUUGCCAAGCAUCCGCAGUACAAGCAAGACAGCGUGAUCACCAACAAAAUAAACUACGACCUGCUCCAGAAGUGCGACCGAAUAGCCAAGGGGGAGGAGGGAUGCCCCAAACUGCUAGGUGAUACUGUCAAAAGAGGCAAAUGAUGUCCUUGACCUCAGCGACUGGAAGCUCUGCAUUAUUACUGAAGGUUUUUUUGUUUGUUUGUUUGUUGUUUUUUUUUGCUGCAUGAAAAUUUAAGACCAAAAUGAACGUUAGAAGAGUGGUCCAGACCAAACUCUGCUUUUACAGAGAACAUUAAAUAAGAGAAGCAAAAAAAAUGCAUGUGUGCAUUGCAGGGCUCAGUGGAAUGUUUUUCAAACUUGUGUAUAUAUUUGAAGAUUUAUAUGAUUCUCAAAAUUAUUUUAAUAUCUUAAAAAAGCGAGUAUGUAACUGAGAUUAGAUGUGUACAUAAUUCUCUUUUGAGCCUGACUUCAGAUCCAUCUUUGAUUUCUUUGUGGGAUUAUAUAAAUGUGGGAAACAAUACAUUUGUAAAUGAGACACUGUAAAUAUAGUUGAUUUCAGUAGAUAUUAACAAAUGUACUUUCUUUUUAUCAUUGACAUGGGUUUAUUGGUUUGAGCUGCUGUUAUUACUAACCCCUGAACAGAUUUUGCUUUCUUUAGACUUUUUUUUUUUUUUUGGCUUGAGGUUUGUUGUAUGAAAACUAAGUGACAUGAACUUUAUACAGAACUGCUCUUUUGACAGCACUGAACCAAUGUUGCAUGUGUCCGUGCAGAUCUCCAUGUGUAACUUGACACUUAGUAAAUGACACAUGUAACUUCGUUACAUUGUGCAAUGACUCUUAGUAAUAAUCAUAAAACUGGUUGAUUGUUAACUUUGAGACUGUCAUCAGUUUCAAAGCAAGAACUGUCUGGUUUUAUUGUAUGUAGAAAUGGGCUAAACUACCCAUUUUCUAUCUCUACCAUCAAGUUUGGUAUGUAGGUAUUUAUUGAUUAAAGUUAGUAUAUUUCACUGUCAGCUAUAGCUUGAAGUCAUCCACUAGAUGGCACACAGGACUCAGGCUCUGAAUGAAGAAUUUAUAAUAUUUCUUGGUGGUGGGGAUGAUUUAGCUCAAAUCUGCCUCACUGAUGAUUAAAAUAAUAUUCAUAACGCA